AAUGUGGCAGCGAGUGCUACGCCUGCGCAGUAGGCAUCCGGUCGCCGUUUCCCUUCCCCGGCUCUAGCAGGCCGGCUUCUCUGUCCAAUGCCCACCCGGAGCUGGGAGGAGGAGUCUGCGUAGUGUGCGUGUGAAGAGACAGGGGGAGCUGGCCGGGGAUCGCGGUGUUUGACCCGUCGGUCGUGCGUGAGAGGAAAGGGAAGGAGGAGGACCCGAAUAGCGGUCGCCGAAAUGUUCCGGUGUGGAGGCCUGGCGGCGGGUGCUUUGAAGCAGAAGCUGGUGCCCUUGGUGCGGACCGUGUGCGUCCGAAGCCCGAGGCAGAGGAACCGGCUCCCAGGCAACUUGUUCCAGCGAUGGCAUGUUCCUCUAGAACUCCAGAUGACAAGACAAAUGGCUAGCUCUGGUGCAUCAGGGGGCAAAAUCGAUAAUUCUGUGUUAGUCCUUAUUGUGGGCUUAUCAACAGUAGGAGCUGGUGCCUAUGCCUACAAGACUAUAAAAGAGGACAAAAAAAGAUACAAUGAAAGAAUGUCAGGGUUAGGGCUGACACCAGAACAGAAACAGAAAAAGGCCGCAUUAUCUGCUUCAGAAGGAGAGGAAGUUCCUCAAGACAACGUGCCAAGUCAUGUUCCUUUUCUGCUAAUCGGUGGAGGCACGGCUGCUUUUGCUGCAGCCAGAUCCAUCCGGGCUCGGGAUCCUGGGGCCAGGGUACUGAUUGUAUCUGAAGAUCCUGAGCUGCCAUACAUGCGACCUCCUCUUUCAAAAGAACUGUGGUUUUCAGAUGACCCAAAUGCCACAAAGACACUGAGAUUCAAACAGUGGAAUGGAAAAGAGAGAAGCAUAUAUUUCCAGCCACCUUCUUUCUAUGUCUCUGCUCAGGACCUGCCUCACAUUGAGAAUGGUGGUGUGGCCGUCCUCACUGGGAAGAAGGUAGUACAGCUGGAUGUGAGAGACAACAUGGUGAAACUUAAUGAUGGCUCUCAAAUAACCUAUGAAAAGUGCUUGAUUGCAACAGGAGGUACUCCAAGAAGUCUGUCUGCCAUUGAUAGGGCUGGAGCAGAGGUGAAGAGUAGAACAACGCUUUUCAGAAAGAUUGGAGACUUUAGAAGCUUGGAGAAGAUUUCACGGGAAGUCAAAUCAAUUACGAUUAUCGGUGGGGGCUUCCUUGGUAGCGAACUGGCCUGUGCUCUUGGCAGAAAGGCUCGAGCCUUGGGCACAGAAGUGAUUCAGCUCUUCCCCGAGAAAGGAAAUAUGGGAAAGAUCCUCCCCGAAUACCUCAGCAACUGGACCAUGGAAAAAGUCAGACGAGAGGGGGUUAAGGUGAUGCCCAAUGCUAUUGUUCAAUCGGUUGGAGUCAGCAGUGGCAAGUUACUUAUCAAGCUGAAAGACGGCAGGAAGGUAGAAACUGACCACAUAGUGGCGGCUGUGGGCCUGGAGCCCAAUGUUGAGUUGGCCAAGACUGGUGGCCUGGAAAUAGACUCAGAUUUUGGUGGCUUCCGGGUAAAUGCAGAGCUACAAGCACGCUCUAACAUCUGGGUGGUAAGUGUGCUACAGCAUGACAAGGCACAGUUCAUUCUCCCUAGCCUGUGAACAGGUCUGCCCGGU